CCCGCCGGCCGGCACGGCCCAGCCAGGGCUCCCAGGGCACCGCGCAUACCUGGGGUGAAGAAAGUCCCCGCAUUGUCCGUGCGGGCUACCUCCCUGGCACACGUGUCCACGGCUUCUGAUGGUUUGGCAGAUGAGAAACCCACCCAAAAGGUUUGAUAUGAAAUAAUAUAGAAGAGGCAGGAUGCUAGCUGAUUGCAGGAGCAUGAGUAUUGCAAAAUACAGAGGCUGCUCCUAGAUCUUCAAGUGUUAUGUAGGCAUUGAUAAGACAAGUCACUUCACAAUAGAUUAACCAAAUGAUGAAGAAGAAAAAUAAAGAACAGCAUGUAUUCUGCAAUUUGAAAUGCAAAUUCCAGCACUACACAUUUCUGGGACUUUUAAGCACUUGCUGACUUUCUUUCCUUUGGCUUAAAUAGCAUCAGGCAAAUGCUUAUGAGCUUUCCUACUCAAGGAUACUUCCCUGAGCCCAGAACCAAGUGCUCAGGAUAAACUAUUCCUGGUUUUUGCCACCUCACCAGCAAAAUGAAAUACAUUGUGCUCGGGAUAAACUAUUCCUGGCUUUUGCCACCUCACCAGCAAAAUGAAAUACAUUGUCUUCAGAUAUUCUGAUCCAUCAACCCACACAACGAGGAAUCUGGUGGAAAUGCCCAGCAUUUCACAAACCUCCAUUAUAUUUCAAAAGAAUGAAUGUACAGGAAAUAAGGGUAACUCUCAUCUGGAUUCUGAUGUGAAUGUGUGUUUCAAAGCAAAAGCUAUUUCAGCUGUCAGCCUUCUUGGGACAGAUGUAUUUACUCAGCUGCAAAAGGAGUACUGUGUCACCAAACAUCAAAAAAAUGGUGGGAGUUUAAAUUUCAACACAACAGGAAUAAUUUACCUCCUGAGCAACAAGCUACUGCUACAAGUACCUGGCAGAAAUAAAAAAUGAACACAGUUUUCUCUCUGUGUUAUGAAAACGACAUAGGAAGGCCUUUCCAAGUCUAUUUCACAAGAGCAGCAACAUAGCAAACCCACUCACCUCUCCAGGAGACCAUCGCUAACAAGGCAUGAUGCAAAGACUUUCAACUUCCAAUUAAGCAGGAAGCAGUCUCUUCUGGCUGCUUCUCCACCACAUCAAACACACUAACAUUGCUUUUAUCAAGUAUUAUUUUUCUCCCCCUUUUAUGUUGCGUUCAGUUCCCCACACCUCAAGCACUCCAGGAACUUGCCUAAAUUUUCUUUGGAGUACAGGAGACCAAACUUAAAGUUAAGCUGGAUUUGAGCACUGAAUGGGGGCUUUCAAUGUCUUAGUGAGCAGGCAGCCUGUGAAGGGCUUGUUUAUUGCGGGGGCUGGCUGCUGCUCUGCUUAAGCAACUGGGAGAUGACAAUAAAAUGUAAACUAGGAGAGGAUUAUUUUUCUUGCUUGUCAAAGAGAUUGCAGCUAGCAAAGUUCUGAACAAGAAUUACGGAUUUGAAGGAUCGGGGCCUCAUGUUAACCUUGGCCGUAUGGGACUUAAAGAAAGAUUUUAUGCUUAUUUUUCCUUACUACUGUCACCUCGGGGCACACGAGGUUAGCGAAGGCUCGAAGUGGCUCUGCUCCCACGUAGCCACAGCCACUUCCCAAGCCGCUGCGGUGACUCGGAGCGGUGCCGGCAGCCUGGCGCUGCCCUCCUGGGGCAGAGGCAGCUCCGGCGGACAGAGCCGCUUGCUCGGCACUCGCGGCUCGCCGGGCCCGAGCGCGGCGCGGCUCCUCCCAGCGCCCGGCGAACGGGCUCGGCUCGGGGAGCGGCUCCGCGGGUGCGCGGCCCGGCCCGUGACCCACUCCGCGCACUCGGCCGGCCACCGCCCCCUGCCGGCACCGUCAGCUCGAACCGCGAAACGUUCACCAAAAAGCGCCGGGGAGCGCCGCUUCCCCCUGGAGACCGCGGGCCACGGCGGGCCCGCACCUCCGGCUUUCAUGGGCUCUUCCCCGCUGUCGCACAGCGGCCACAUCCAGGGAGCAGCAUCCGGGGGCACCUCACUGACCCUUCCCGGGAGAGCCUGUCCGGGGGACCGGGACCGGGACCGCCUCAAUGCAGCGUUCGCUUCCAUUGUGAAUUUGAUGAGAGAAGUCUCAAAGGAGUGCGAGAAGUGCUAUGAGUCUAUGGAAGCCAACAAGUGCAAAGAGAAUGAAAUCAAACACUUCUGCAAAUACCAUGGCAAGUCAGUAGAAAGAAAGAUGGAUCCCACAGAAGAAGAGGGGACUGAAGGUUCUGUAGAAUCCAGCCAAGCUCAAGCUUGCCAGCAAAGGCCCAGAAGACCUUCCAAAGAUUUCUACAUUGAAGUUACUCCUGGCAUCUAUUCUGUCACAGCAAUCUCAGAAGACAUGGUGGAACAAACCCAUGUAGUAGAUAUCAAUGCAGGACAAAGUGUUGAUUUAACUUUUGUUCUGUGAUAUUUGUUGUUUCCUGGCAGUAGCAGGAAUAAAACAUGAUGUUUUUUAGUGCGUGUAAUGAGCUAUAAAUAUCUUUUUCUUGUUAGCACUUUAACAGUAGCUUCCUCUUUGGGACUCCAUUUUUAUGGCCUGUAUAUUUGUUUUCUCGUUAAUGCAAUUAUUUGCAGCCCACUUUGUACACUGAUUUUUAUAACUAUUUGUACAUUGUGUGCCUUUUAAAUCCAAUUAUGUGACUGUGUAAUUUCAGAUUCUUCUGCUCUAAACAAUUAAAGAUACAAUCAGUGGAAUAAAA